AUGGCCACAAUGGGUGAGGACGAUGCUCCAGAACUGCCGAAGAAGUCGCCGGUUCCCGGACAAAUAGACGAUUCGGAUGGGGAGGAUGAUAUCGAGGAUAAGGUUAUCAAGAUCGUCGUCGUCGGUGAUGGUGCUAGUGGAAAGACGUCAAUCUGCCAGAGAUUCGCCAAAGAAUCAUUCGAUAAAUCUUAUCAUCAGACACUCGGUUUGGACUUUUUCUCUCGUCGAAUCAUGCUUCCACAAGAAAUGCAGGUGUUAGUUCAGGUCUGGGACAUCGGAGGUCAAAGUAUUGCUGGAGAAAUGAUUGACAAGUACCUCACCGGAGCCAAUAUCGUAUUCUUCGUCUAUGACGUCACCAACUCGAAAUCAUUCGAAAACGUUGGCGACUGGCUUUCCGUGGUCAAGAAAAAUCUGAAAGGAAGUGAAAAUGACGUGAAACUGGUUCUAAUGGGAAACAAAACGGAUUUGGAGGAGAGACGAGUGGUUCCAGUCGACUCUCACAGAAACUUCUCGAAUAGUAACAACAUGAUGCCAACCUACGUUUCAGCGAAAACUGGUGAUACUGUCUACAUGAUAUUCAGACAAGCAGUGGCGGACUGUCUGAAAAUCGGAUUGUCGAGGGCGGAAAUCGAAUCGGAUAUCGAUAUUGUGCAGGGAUCGGUUAUUGAGGCAACGAAGGUUGGUGGGAAGGUGGCAGUAGGAGAUACUAGAAAAGUGCACUUUGUUGAGGAUGUGGGUUUUAUGUACAUUUGA